CGGCGCCUCCGUCUCUGGGCUGUCCCCCUCCGUUCAUGGUGUGGCCCGAGGUUGCUGGUCACGCGUCGAGGGUGUGGCCUGCUCCCGGCGGAGGUGGGCCCUGCGGGGGCUGCUGCAGAGUCCUUUGGAGCUGGCAGGUGGGAAGAUGCCGAGGCGAAGUCUCCUCGCCUGGGUGUUGCUGGCCGUGGCUGCCACCGGCGCCCAGGUGCAUCAAAUGCCGCCGUGGACAGAGGAUUGCAGAAAAUCAACUUACCCUCCUUCUGGACUAACUUAUAGAGGACCAGUUCCAUGGUACACCAUAGAUCUUGAUUUACCACCCUACAAAAGAUGGCAUGAAUUAAUGGCUCAAAAGGCACCAAUGGUGAAGAUUAUAAUAAAUUCAGUGAUGAAUUUAGUGAACACAUUUGUGCCAAGUGGAAAAAUAAUGCAGUACGUGGAUCAAAAGUUGCCUGGUGUGCUGGGCAACAUUCCUGGCCCUUUUGAAGACGAAAUGAAGGGAAUUGCAGAUGUUACUGGGAUUCCUUUAGGGGAGAUUAUUUCAUUCAACAUUUUCUAUGAAUUGUUUACCAUGUGUACAUCAAUAAUAACUGAAGAUGAAAAAGGCCACUUACUACAUGGAAGAAACAUGGAUUUUGGAGUAUUUCUCGGGUGGAAUAUAAAUAACAACACUUGGGUUAUUACAGAAGAAUUAAAGCCUUUAACAGUGAAUUUGGAUUUCAAAAGAAACAAAAAGACUGUUUUCAAGGCUACAGGCUUUGCUGGAUAUGUGGGCAUAUUGACAGGAUUCAAACCAGGACUGUUUAGUCUUACACUAAAUGAACGUUUCAGUAUAAAUGGCGGUUAUAUGGGUAUCCUAGAAUGGAUUUUGGGAAAGAAAGAUGCCCAGUGGGUAGGGUUUAUCACCAGAUCAGUUCUGGAAAAUAGUACAAGUUAUGAAGAAGCCAAGAAUACGCUGGUCAAGACCAAGAUAAUGGCCCCAGCAUAUUUUAUCCUGGGAGGCAACCAGUCUGGGGAAGGUUGUGUGAUUACACGAGAAAGAAAACAGGCUUUGGAUGUAUAUGAACUUGAUCCUAAGCAUGGCAGAUGGUAUGUGGUCCAAACCAAUUACGACCGGUGGAAAAACACCUUGUUCAUUGAUGACCGCAGAACACCUGCAAAGAUGUGUCUAAAUCGCACGACACAGAAGAAUCUCUCGUUUGCAACCAUCUAUGAUGUGUUAUCAACAAAACCUGUCCUUAACAAGGUAAACUUUUUUAAGACUGACUUAUUCAUGGUUAUCUGGCUCUGAGAUAAUACCACAUCAGGGAGGUGGUAAGUAUAGACGGACUAAGAAGGCAAAAUACUUUAAAAACUGGUUUACUUGGUAAUAAAGAACUCAGAGACUUUCUUAACACUUGAACUUGGUUCGCUCACACACAACACACAAAAAUCAACUGUUAGGCUUUGGUUUUAAAUUAUCAUCUCAAAAGGCAUGUUUGUCGAUAGGAUUGAAAAUCUUAAUGUUCUCUUACAUAAAUUUAGUUAUAUUUAUCCUACUUGAGUUUUUUUUUAAUUUAUUAGAAUGCUAGUUGUCUAUACAGAAACACUUCCUACAUUUAUAUAAAGCUUGUUUUUAAUUUUUAGAGUGAGGCAACUCUGGAAAAUAUUAAUCUAAUAGACAAUUUUGUUAGGUUCUAUGUACUGAAACAUCUCAACUGUACACAAUCUGGGUUACUGACAUGUUUGAAGACCACUGCACAGAUUCUUAGUUACCUUUAUAACUGACUUUGUUCUUAUCCUGGACCAGGAGCUCACUACAGAGCAUCAGACCCAAUAGCAGCAACACCAUGUUACUGGAAGGCUGGUCUAAGACAGGGCUUUAGAAUAAAUAAUGUAUUUCUCUAUUCUUGACCACUGCUGUCUCUGAAUAGUGUUAAGUUACAUAAAACAGCAAUUUGCUGCAGAGAAUUCAACAAAAUUUCCCAAAAGCAUACUUUACAGAUAAGUUCAAACUUUAUUUAAAACUACAUUUUAAAGUUAACAUACCAAACAUUACAAUGAAGGGUGGGGGUCAAGACCAUAAGAAAAACAAUAAUAAAAAGAAAAAUCCCACAGUGUGUCAAAGUUUGAAUCUGUCCAGGAUUCAGAUUCUGAUGUUUUAAACUGCCAUGGGCAGAAACUAGCACAACCAUCAAAAAUGCAGUGUCAAACUAAUUUACAUUUUAUACAGAUCAAAACAAAUGUUUAUUUAGUGUCUUUUUUUCCCCCUAAAUAUAUGUACUGACUAUGUAAGAGAGUUAGAUGAAUCGCUGAAGACAUUUCAUAUACUCUGGGCUCCCACUGUUUCUGAAAAG